AUGUGUAAACACACGAGAAUAGAUGACUGCAACGCUGUCUUCAAUCGACUCUAUCGUCUCAAUAGACACUUAAGACGACAUUCAGGAGAGAGACCAUUUGUUUGUCCAAUAAGUGGUUGUUUUCGUGCCUUUAGUUGUAAAUCAUAUCUCACUAAACAUCUUAAAAGACCGCACAAUACGGACAAUGCGGACAAAGCGGAAGAAUUGGUCCAAUCGAGUGACGCCAAAGUGAAGAAGUGUUACAAACAAUACGUCUGCAAAGAUUGCGACAAAGUAUUCAAAACCAAAUUUCAAUUCAAAAUGCAUUGUUUCCAACACUCAGGAGUGAAGCCCUUUGAGUGCGACAAAUGUGACCAACGGUUUGUCACUAAAGCCAAACUCAAGAGUCAUCUGAAGACACACGACGGCUAUGCGUGCGCUCGAGAGGGAUGUGAUUACAAGACAUUCAAAUGGAGUGAAUUGCGUAAACAUAUCGCAGUCUUUCAUAGAGUUUACCUUAAAUGCGAUUCUUGUGAUAAACUCUUUAAGAAUUCAUUUAAUCUUCAUUUACACCAAAAGAAUAUCCAUUUGAGUGAAAACCACAAAAUUGUCUGCACUUAUGCUAAUUGUGGCAAAUCAUACUCUAAUGAAUCCAAUCUUAAGACUCAUAUUAGAACCACACAUGAGAAGCAACUCUUUGAAUGCACUCAAGAAGGAUGUGAUAAGACUUUUCUUCACAAGAAGUCAUUGGCAAAGCAUUUGGAGACUCAUUCAAAACCUCUAAUUAUAAAAGCCAAAAACGCGGAUAAAAUAUACCGAAAGAAAAGAAGCGAAGCCUCGAAAUUGACAUCAAUUGCAUUGAAUGAAAGCCAAACCAAACAAAUACUAGACUUUGACUUUGAGUUUAGAAAUGAAAUUUUGAAACAAAAAUGA